AUGCGAUUACGCCAGGCCCAGCUAAAGAGAAGGAUUGGCAGUGUACAUGCUUUACAUCAGGAGAACGCAUCAGCACAGAUAAAGUUUGACAUAACAGACCUGUUACGCGUUCAGGUUCCUCAUGAAGAUCCACUGGUUGUCAGUCUAACAGUUGCAGAAUACCUGGUACGAAGAGUUCUGAUUAAUCCAGGAAGUAAUGCAAAUGUCAUGCCCAGAAUAACGUUCUACCGGCUUGAGAUCAAACCCGAGAAGCUUAAACCUAUAGGAAAUCCAUUGCUAGGAUUUGAUGGGAAACGGGUGGAGCCCAUUGGUAUAGUGGAAUUGACAGUACAAGCUACUGAGAGAGUUCUGAGCGAGAGUUUUGUGGUUGUAGAAAUUCAUCCAUUUUACAACCUCUUGAUGGGAAGAUGGUGGAUUCAUAGAGUUCAAGGUGUCCCAUUAACCCUACAUCAAGUGAUGCGAUGCUUGGGUCCAGAUAGGACCAAGUGA